AUGAAGCGAUGGGAUGCAGCCCUACGUCAGCAAAGAGCACCGGAUGGGGCAAUUAUUCGUGUGAACGGACAUGCCGAAUGUGGAAAACGUCCGAUGGCGAUUGUUCCCGGCGAUCGCCACUCAGCUGCUAUCGAGCCCAUUAAGGUUAGUUAGGU